AUGUCAGAUGCAACAAGUGUUUCCACGAAAGAUCCUAAAAUGAAAAUUGAACCACUAGAUUUUUCUAUAGAAGACGUUAAACGAGAAAAUGAUGAUGAAUUUGAUGGUAUUAAUAAACCUGAAGUCGAUAAAAAAUGUUUACAAAGAUUUAUGAAUUCUGAAGUAACGAUUGAUGAAGAAGUUAAACAGGAAUUAGAUCUUGAUAAUACCAAAGAAAAACUUUUGAAGGUGAAUGAAUCUGUUAAUGGACAUGCUCAUGCUCAUACUGGUAAGGGUUGUUACAAAUGUAGAAUAUGCGAUAAGGUAUUUGGAACAUCGAGUAAUAUGAAUAAGCAUAUGCGUAUCCAUACAGGAGAACGUCCAUACAAAUGUGAAAUAUGCAAUAAGGCAUUUACAUCAUCAGAUAACAUGAAAAAGCAUAUGCGUACUCACACAGGAGAUCGUCCAUUUAAAUGUGAAAUAUGCAAUAGGACAUUCACACAAUCAAGUAAGCUAAAAAUACACAAGUUUAUCCACUCUGAAGAGCGUCCAUAUAAAUGUGAAAUAUGUAAUAACGGAUUCAAUUCAUUAACUAGUUUAAAAUGUCACAUUCUAAGUCAUACUGGAGAAUACUCCCAUGAAUGCGAAAUAUGUAACAAAAAAUUCACACAAUUAUGUAAUCUAAAAGUGCACAUGCUUAUGCAUUCUGGAGAGCGUCCAUUUAAUUGUGAAAUAUGCAAUAACGCAUUCUAUUCAUCAAGUCGUUUAAAAGAACAUAUGCGAACACACACAGGAGAACGUCCUUAUGAAUGCCAAAUAUGCAAUAAAACAUUUGCACAAUUAAGCAGUAUCAAAAGACACAUGGUUAUCCAUUCCGGAGAGUUUUCUUAUAAAUGUACAACAUGUAAUAAACUAUUCCCAACAUCAAGUGGAUUAAAACAGCAUACGCGUACUCAUACAGGAGAACGUCCAUACGAAUGUGAAAUAUGCAAUAAAACAUUCACACAAAUAGGUAGCUUGAAAACGCACAUGAUAAGUCAUUCCGGUGAGAGUUCACAUGAAUGUAAAAUAUGUAAUAAAGCAUUUCCUUCACCGACUAGUUUAAAACUUCAUGUGCGAACACAUACUGGCGAACGCCCUUUUGAGUGCCCGAUAUGCAAUAAAACAUUUGCACAAUUAGGUGCCUUGAAAAAUCACAUGGUUAUUCAUUCUGAAGUAUAUCCUUGUAAAUGUGAAAUAUGUAAUAAAGCAUUCAAAACAUCGAGUAAUUUAAAACGUCAUAUGCGAACACAUACUGGAGAAAGACCUUAUAAAUGUGAAACAUGCGAUAAAACAUUCACACAAAUAGCACUAAACAUGUCUGAUGCAACAAGUGUUUCUAGGAAUAACCCUACAAUUAAAAUUGAACCACCAGAUUUUUCUACAGAAGACGUCAACCGAGAAAAUGAGGAUGAAUUUGAUAGUAUUGAUGGUAUUGUUAAGUCUGAAUCCCCUUCUGAAGACGACAAAACGUGUUUACAAAGAUUUAUGAAUUCUGAAGUAACUAUUGAUGAAGAAGUCAAACAGGAAUUAGAUGACGAGGGCGAAAAACUGUUUGAAUGCUCAAUAUGCAAUAAAGCAUUUAUUACAAAGUAUUUAUUAGAUUUACACGUUUGUGAUACCUUAGAAAAACAUUCAAACUUGAAUGAAUCUGAUAAAAAACGUGCUCAUAUUGGAAAUGGUUCUCACAUAUGCGAAAUAUGCAAUAAGGUAUGUUCAUCAUCAAAUAGUUUGGUACAUCAUUUGCGUCUUCAUACAGGAGAACGUCCAUACAAAUGUGAAAUAUGCAAUAAAGGAUUUAUAUCAAGUAGAAAUCUGAGGGUGCAUUCGUAUACUCAUACAGGAAUACGUCCAUAUAAAUGUGAAAUAUGUAAUAAAACGUUCAAUUUACCAAGUCUUGUAAAAAGACAUAUGCGACAACACACUGGCGAACGUCCUUAUGAAUGCCAAAUAUGCAAGAAAACAUACACAGUAUUAGGCAAUUUGAAAACACACAUAAUUGGUCAUUCCAAAAAGGAUACAUAUAAAUGUGAAAUAUGUAAUAAAGUAUAUAUUUCAUCAGUAGGUUUUAAAAAUCAUAUGCGGAAUCAUACUAGAGAACAGCCUUAUGAAGCACUACAAAUGUCUGAUGCAACAAGUGUUUCUAAGAAUAACCCUAAAAUUAAAAUUGAACCACUAGAUUUUUCUAUAGAAGACGUUAAACGAGAAAAUGAGGAUGAACUUGAUGACAAUGUUAAAUCUGAGUCCUGUUCUGAAGACGGCAAAACGUGUUUACAAAGAUUUAUGAAUUCUGAAGUAACUAUUGAUGAAGAAAUCAAACAGGAAUUAGAUGAUGAGGGCGAAAAACUGUUUGAAUGCUCAAUAUGCAAUAAAGCAUUUAUUACAAAGUAUUUAUUAGAUUUACACGUUUGUGUUACCUUAAAAAAACAUUCAAACUUGAAUGAAUCUGAUAAAAAACGUGCUCAUAUUGGAAAUGGUUCUCACAUAUGCGAAAUAUGCAAUAAGGUAUGUUCAACAUCAACUGUUUUGGUACGUCAUUUGCGUCUUCAUACAGGAGAACGUCCAUACAAAUGUGAAAUAUGCAAUAAAGGAUUUAUAUCAAGUACAAAUCUGAAAGCGCAUUCAUAUACUCAUACAGGAAUAUAUCCAUAUGAAUGUGAAAGAUGUCAUAAAACAUAUAGAUUCCCAACCAGUUUGAAAAAAACACAUGCUUAG